AUGCAGGAAGGUGAGCAAAUUUUGGCAGCUCCCUCCAAAAUGCAACGAAUAGAAGGAGGACAAUUUUUUGCAACAACGUUGCAGCCUAUCAAUUUAAAGUCUCCAAACUUGGCAAAGGAGUGGAAGCUAUGGUACACCCAAUUUAAAAUAUUUAUGACUGCUUCAAAUUUGGAAACACAAGCAGAUCGUCGUAAAGUAGCCUUAUUACUUCAUCAUCUAGGCAGCGAUUGCCUUGAGAUUUUUAACUCCUUUAACGAGAAUGUUGAUACUAUUACCUACUCAACAUUGGUGGAAAAAUUUGAAAGCUUUUUUAUACCAAAAGUAAAUAUAGCAAUGGAGCGCCACAAAUUUUUCAUUUGCAAACAACAACCAAAUCAAGCAAUUGAUGAAUAUGUCACAAUUUUGAAAAACUUAAGUUUAAACUGCGAAUUUGGUGGAUUGCGGGAAGAUCUCGUCAGGGACAUUUUUACCUGCGGCUUGUCGCCAAAAAAUGGAAAUAUCCGAGAGAGGUUAUUGGCAGAGGGUGGUAUUCCCUUGGAUAGGGCUAUUGCUAUUGCUAAAUCCAUAGCUAUGGCUAAAGAAAAUGCUUUGAAACUGGAGGACAUCCAAGAUGACGAACCAGUCGUUAAUAUGGUACGCAGAAAAACGUUUAAGUCUGCAAAUUACAACAAACAACAGGUUGCACAUUGUGGUCGAUGUGGUCUAGUCCAUAAAAACAAAUGCCCGGCCGAAGGCGUCAAAUGUCACUAUUGUGGGAAAAGCGGUCAUUUUGCAAAAAUGUGCUUCAUGAAAAAACGAUAUGUCAAAAACGUCAAUAUCGACGAAGAUGGCGACUAUGAUAAUGAUGAAGAAGAAGAGGAUUUAUUUAUUGGCGCUCUUUCUAAAACAACAAAAUCAACAGUAGCAGAAUGGAAUAUAGAGGUGGGAAUUGAAAACAACAAAAUGGUAUGUCAAAUCGAUACUGGAGCUCAAGCUAAUAUCAUUUCAACACACUCUAUAAAUAAGUUAAAUACUAAGAACUUAUUAAAGAAAACUAAAGUUAAUAUUUUUACAUUUAGUGGAGAAAAGUUGUCAGUUUUAGGAAGUGUAAAUUUGAAAGUUGUUCAUGAGAAUCAAACAUAUAUUCUAAAAUUUUAUGUAGUAGAUAUCCAAUGCAAAAAUAUAAUAGGUCUUCAAUCAGCAAUUGAAAUGAAUUUAGUUAAAAAUUUGAAUAUUUUGUCCGUAAAUAAAAUUUUUGAAAAGUAUUCUGAUGUGUUUGGAGGCCUUGGUCUUUUACGUGGCGAAUGUAAUUUGAGAGUAAAGAAGGAUGUCUCUCCUGUAAUUGAUCCACCACGAAAGAUUCCAUUUAGAUUGUAUGAUCCACUAAAAAUGGAAUUGAACAGAAUGGAAAAUUUGAAUGUGAUAAAAAAGGUUAGUGAACCAACUGAAUGGGUAAAUUCAAUUGUACUUGUUUCGAAACCUAACGGAAAUUUAAGACUCUGCUUGGACCCUAGAAAUUUAAAUAAGGCCAUUUUAAGGCCACAUUUUCCUUUUCCAAAUAUUGAAGACUGUAAAGCCAAACUAAAUGGUUCGAAGUAUUUCAAGAAAAUGUUAUUAAAAUCUCAAGAAAGUCAUUCAGACCCUUAUGUGGCAUUGCUUCAAUAUAGAACAACACCAAAAGAUAAUCUACCAAGUCCAGCAGAGCUCUUAAUGUCAAGGUCCUUAAGAACAAAAAUACCAUCUAUUUUAAAAAAUUUAGAACCAAAUGUUAUUAAUAAGAACGAAUAUACUAAAAAGUUGAAUUCAAACAUUCAGAAAUAUUCAGAUUAUUACCACCAAUCUGCUAGAAGAGUUGAACCUUUACAGGAGGGAGAUAAUGUUAUGUUUAAAAGAACUCCAACAAGUUGUUGGUUUCAAGGACAAAUUAUAGAUUCAUGUAAAGAACCAAGGUCAUUUAUAGUAAAAGAUUCUAAUGGUUCUCUUUACAGAAGAAGUCAAGAUCAUAUAAAGAAAAGAUCAGAAAAUAAAAUAAUAGAAAAUCCAGUUAAUCAAGAAUACCAAACAAACAGUCAGACAAGUGUUGAAUUACCAUCAGUUAAUAAUGAUUCCAAGGAAUAUAUAACAAGAAAAGGUCGAAUUGUAAAACAGCCUAAGAAACUUAAUUUAUAA